AUGACCGACAAGCCAUCAGUUCUCAUAAUUGGUGGCUUGGGAUAUAUCGGGCGCUUCCUCGCCCUCUACAUCCACCAGAAUGAGCUGGCGUCGGAAGUGCGCAUAGUCGACAAAGCAGUACCGGAGAUAGCCUGGCUCGCCCCUGAAUUCCAAGAGGCCUGUUCAGAGCAAAAGUUUAUGCAGGCCGAUGCAAGCAGAGAGUCCUCUCUUCCAAAAAUCUUCAAUCGUGCCAAUGGACAGCAGUGGGAUUACGUCUUUAAUUGUGGCGGUGAGACCCGGCAUUCUCAGGAUGAAGAAAUCUAUCGUCUACGCUCACUGGACCUCAGUGUUGCUGUAGGAAAAGAGGCAGCCAAACGGGGCGUUAAGGCCUUCAUCGAACUUAGUACCGGCAUGGUCUACCAUCCCAGCUCGCGCCCAAGCAAGGAGACUGAUGAGCUCAAACCACGAAGCAAGAUAGCUACAUUCAAGCUGAUGGCAGAGAGAGAUUUAGCCAAGAUUGACGGAUUGAAUCUCAUCAUAGCCCGUCUCGCCGAGGUAUAUGGUGACUAUGAGCCUCGAUAUUUUGCCACUGCUCUCUCCCUUGCACGAGUAUAUCAACACUUGAACCAAGAAAUGAACUGGCUAGGAGCUAGAGAUCUUAAGGUUAAUACGGUCCAUGUUACGGAUACAGCUCGAGCCCUUUGGAAAAUUGCCGACUGGUAUGCUGCUCAAAAUAAGCCAAGAUGGAACGAGCAAACUAUGGGCAAAAUUCCAAUCUUCAAUAUCGUGGACAAAGGCGAGACUACUCAAGGUAUUAUGGCGGACUUCAUCUCGCAGAUUUUUGGAAUCAAGACAGUCUUCCAGGGGCAAGCGAUCAACCUGUACGCGCGCCUCAAUAUGGAUAACGUCGUGGAUGAUGUUAAUCAGCUAGUGCUUGGCCCUUGGGCACAUUUAAUCGAAGCAGCAGGUAUCACUAGACCCGGCCCCUUGACACCAUUCAUGGAAAAAGAACUUCUCAAGGAUUCUGAUUUGAGCAUGGAUGGGAGUAGAUUGGAAGAGGUUGUUGGUUUUGUCUUUCUUGAGCCGCGCAUCACUAAGGAGUUGGUUCAGUCUAUGAUUGAAAGUUAUAUCAAAGUCGGGUGGUGGCCAACAAAAAGAUGA